AUGGCUUACUUUAAACCCAUUGUUUAUCUGCUUUUGCUUUUGCUGCCCCUCGUCGAGGGCUACAGACAAGCUAUCAAGCCAAGACCAACUACUACGACGUCGGAGGUUGUCAAACCAUGGCGCAGAACCAUCUAUUCAACUCAACGGGAAAUCGUAACUCCAAUAGUUAUUGCUGGAGUAACACUGUCUGCUAAACCCCCUGCAAGCUCGGACCCCUUAGAACCAUGGGUCUCGUUGGACAAAUUAGGUAAUCCAAAGACCAUCAAGCCCAAAAUUGAGAAGGGACGCACAGUUGACGGGCAUCCGGACUACAGCACCUACUUCAAAACUGUUCACACAACAACUUUCUCACCUGAAGAGUUGAAGGCUCACAAUUUGGAAACUGACGAACUUUAUACAGAAGAAUUCUUUGAGGAAGAAGACGAGACGUAUGUAUCGUUAAAUCCUAUCAUACGUUGUACACCUAACCGUUACCGCAACAAAGGUUUGGCGAAAGACAUUUCAAGUGAACCGUUUUGCACUCCUUUCGAAAACGUAGAGUGGAAACUUCAUGAAACCUAUUUUGUUACUUGGUAUACCAAGUUCUUCGAAGAUCCGGAAACUGAAAAGGUUGCCGAAAGAGUAAGGCUUCAUUUGUUUUACGUUAAAGAAAAUCCUCACGAAAAAGGUUUCAAGAAGAGAAGUCUUAGAGCAGCAUUUUUCAGCUCGGAAACGGUAAAAAAUGUUGAUGGAUUAUACCCUAUAAAAGUUGACGAGGAAUGGUUUCAGGAAAAGCAAGAAAAACGAGUAUUAUUAGCCAUUCAACCUGAGUACAUUUCUGAUGAAGCAUUUGAUCCUUGGAGUAACGGUAUCUUACUGAAGAUAAUCAAGGGAGCCAGAGUGGCUAAAAAUACAAAGGAGCAACUAGCACUUCAGGAUGCUGGCAUUUCAGAUGAUACAUGGUAUUAUGUGGCUCUGUCGACCCCAACUGUAGUUGUUAUUGCAUGCGUUGCCAUGUACUUUUUCCUCUUCCUCAACAAAAAACACCGUGACAUUCGCGAUGUUAGGUUAUUCGCCGUUAACCAAAGGCGCCGCGUUCUCGGCAGUUUCAAAGACUUCAAAAAAUACAAAAAAAUCAAUAAUCGCCCAUACAGUGAGCUUCCAACCCACAGCAAAAAGAGUAGUAAGCAAGGCUGA